CGGAUAUUCAACUGCGCAUGCCCAUGAUAAUUUCAACUAAUAUUCUUGUAUUUCCAGUUUACUUGAAGAAAACAUUACUCAACAUGGUACGAUUGAUGAUACGAAUAAGAAAGAAUACAUAGAAACAAAAUGUGCGUCUAUUAACAUUCCUGAUAAUAAAAGUUUCAACAAUUUUCAUAAAGCUUCGCCAUUGAAUGAACGGUCAAAGGUCAUCAUAAAAAAAAAUCAGCCAAUCGCUGCACAUCUUGCAUCUGUCAAAAAAGAUGGCGUCUUGAAAACAAGUACGAUAGUUGUGAUCGUUUUUCAGUUACCUGUUGGCUUCCGGCGUUUACGGAAAAAUGGGAAAACAAAAACUGGAUACUUGAAUGAGUUGGAACAACUUAAAUGUCAGCUAGAGACAAAACACUUGGUAUUUAACUACAAGUACAAAUAUGUCAAUUAUGCCACAGCAGUGUGGUGUCAGAUUUGACCCACCAGCCUUGGUUUUAACUUACCACAAUCAUAGGGGCAAUCUUCACCGUCGCACAAUGCCAAUAAGGGGAUUUACCAAGAGAUCUGGUAUUACAAGAACUGCCGAGAGUUUGGUCUCUAAUCCCAGACACCGAAAAUACCUGGAGAACAUCAGUAGGCCACAGAUUGAGAAACUUUUAAGGAUAAUUCAAGAACAUAUGAAAGGCAUCAGUCUGGAUGAAACCCUAGGAGCAAUCAAAAUGGAAAACACCAUCGACCCGGACGAGGACUUGAACAAGCUGGAUGACAUUGCCUUGAGUAGAAAAAAGGCCAUAAUGGAUGAGGACUUUGAAAAGAAUCGGAAAAAGCCAGGAGACGAAGGUUUUGAGUAUGAAGUGGAGGUUGAUUUUUUACCUGCAAUUGAGACAAGUGGUUGGGAUGAUCAAUCAGAUCCUGAAUUUUAGCAGCAUUCUUUUUGCUUUACUUGCUAUCCAUGGUUGCUAGAAAGACCCUUGUGAAAUCAAGUCAUUUUCAAAAACUAAAAUUGUUUUGUGCAGAGCAAGUAGCAAUGCUAUUCUUAUUUCAUACCUUGCAUAUGCACGCUCAACUAUGUUUUCUAACAAGAUGGGAGUCAUUUGAUUUCUCCAUAUUUUAGAAAUGGACCCAAACUUGGGAAAGAAACCCAUAUUCUUCUCGUUUAUUGAUCAUUUUUCUUAUAUCAUUACUAAAUUUGAUGACAACCAGUUCAGCAAAGCCUGGUCUGAACGUUGAAUUUUUCAAAACUGU